UGAAUCGACAAAGAUAGAGUGACGAAGAAGUGUAUAUAGAGACACGUGUUCACGGAUGAGAGGAACAGGACGUGUCGUUCUUCGAGCAACGAGGGUCCCUUGAAGAAUCUGCUGCCAUCGAACAGUACAAUUAUGGACAGAGUACAAACAAAUUUAGUCUAUCACUGUCUUCUGCUUCUUGUUUGCGUUUCCCAUGCCUCAAUGAGUGAAUCGACUUUAGACGAAAUCGAAACACUUCCGGAGACCAAGAAAUACGAAGAUGCUUCGACGCUCGGCACUGCUGUACAGGCAUACAGACAUCCAAGGAUGUAUCGGCGCGGUUACCACGAGGACCACGGGUCCAUGUAUAAGGAUGACCACGAUGAUCAUCACGACGAUCAUAUGAAAGACGAGGAACAGGCUAUGAAAGCCAUGGGGAAUGGAAAAUCUGAUUAUUGGGGCGGUUACUAUGAUUUUCUGAUAAACGAGGGUAGUUAUAAAUUCUGGGCCGUGUUUCAACUUGCCACCGCAGCUCUUCUCAUCUAUAGCGGCUUUGCGGCGCUUUAUUACGCCAAGGUAAAUCCGCCAACGAUAGACGACGAGUUCGACGAUAUUUUACGUCGACGGAAGCGUAGAGCGUUGUCCAUCUUGCCGCGAGAUAAAUCAUUCUGCGGUUUGGACAGUGCCACUUUUCAGAGGAUAAUCGACGCGGUCGCCAGAGAAAUUCACUGACGAAGAAGAGCCUACCUUUAUCUGACUUAACUUUUAUAGGAAAUAAUAUAUGUAUAAUAAUUUUGCAAUAACAUUUUCGAAAGAUUGAAAUUGAGUGAUCGAUGAAAGCGAUUGGGGAAAAGAAAAGGAACUGUUUCAAAUUGAACAUUUCGUGGAAGAUUUGUUAUAUUCGAAACAUUAAAAUUACGCAUACGUAUCCUUUUCUAUUCGAUUUAAAAAAAAGUAUGUCUUUAUGCUUCUCUUUCUAUUAUUUAAUGUAACAGAAGAGCAUUGCCUCGCAUGUUCUUCUUAUCGUGUUUGUAACUAAUUUAUAAUAAUUAUGUUAAAUUAUAUUGUAAUUUGUACAUAUAUGUAACAAUUAUAUGUAUGUGUGUCAUAUCGUC